AUGCUAGAGACCUGUGAAAACCUCACUGCUAUAGGCUACAAUUGGGAUGACCAUAAUAUUGAAGAACAUUUUCAAAGUUCUACAAGUAAUAAAAGGCAUGAAAGCAGUCAUACUGGAGAGAAACCCUUUAAAUGCACUCUCUGUGGUAAAGCCUUCCCCUAUAUCACUGUUCUCAUAUGUCAUAAAAGAUCACACACAGGAGAUAAGUCUUACAAAUGUAAUCAAUGUGGUAAAGCCUUUGCAAACAUCAGUACUCUCUUAAGCCAUAAAAGAACACACACUGGAGAUAAACCUUAUGAAUGUAACCAGUGUGUUAAAGCCUUUGCACAAAACAGUCAUCUCAUAAACCAUAAAAGAACACACACGGGAGAAAAACCUUAUGAAUGUGACCAGUGUGGUAAAGCCUUUGCAGAAAACAGUACUCUCAUACGGCAUAAAAGAACACACACUGGAGAAAAACCUUAUGAAUGUGACCAGUGUGGUAAAGCCUUUGCACGAAACAGUCAUCUCUUAAGUCAUAAAAGAACACACACUGGAGAGAAACCUCAUGAAUGUAAUCAGUGUGGUAAAGCCUUUGCACAACACAGUACUCUCAUACGGCAUAAAAGAACACACACUGGAGAAAAACCUUAUGAAUGUGACCAGUGUGGCAAAGCCUUUGCAGAAAACAGUCAUCUCUUAAGCCAUAAAAGAACACACACUGGAGAGAAACCUUAUGAAUGUAAUGAGUGUGGUAAAGCCUUUGCACGCAACAAUAAUCUCAUAAGCCAUAAAAGAACACAUAUAGGAGAGAAACCUCAUGAAUGUAACCGAUGUGGUAAAGCCUAUGCAUCUAACAGUGAUCUCCUAAGACAUAAAGGAACUCACACUGGAGAAAAACCUUAUGAAUGUAAUCAAUGUGGUAAAGCCUUUGUACAUAACAGACAUCUCCUAAUACAUAAAAGAACUCACACUGGAGAGAAACCUUAUGAAUGUAUCCAAUGUGGUAAAGCCUUUGCAUAUAACAGUAGACUUUUAGUACAUAAACGAACUCACACUGGAGAAAAACCUUAUGAAUGUAAUCAAUGUGGGAAAGCCUUUGCAUGGAACAGUGAUCUCCAAAAACAUAAAAGAACUCACACUGGAGAGAAACCUUAUGAAUGUAACCAAUGUGGUAAAGCCUUUGCAGAUAACAGUAGUCUCCAAAGACAUAAAAGAACUCACACUGGAGAGAAACCUUAUGAAUGUAACCAAUGUGGUAAAGCCUUUGCAUCUAACAGUAAUCUACGAGUACAUAAAAUAAUUCACACUGGAAAGAAACCUUAUGAAUGUAACCAAUGUGGUAAAGCCUUUGCACAGAACAGUAAUCUCCUAGUACAUAAAAGAACACACACUGGAGAAAAACGUCAUGAAUGUAACCGAAGUGGUAAAGCCUACACAUCUAACAGUGAUCUCCUAAGACAUAAAGGAACUCACAGUGGAGAAAAACCUUAUGAAUGUAAUCAAUGUGGUAAAGACUUUGUAUAUAACAGUAAGCUUUUAGUACAUAAACGAACUCACACUGUAGAAAAACCUUAUGAAUGUAAUCAACGUGGGAAAGCCUUUGCAUGGAACAGUGAUCUCCAAAAACAUAAAAGAAUUCACACCGGAGAGAAACCUUAUGAAUGUAACCAAUGUGGUAAAGCCUUUGCACAGAACAGUAAUCUCCUAGUACAUAAAAGAACUCACACUGGAGAAAAACCUCAUGAAUGUAACCAAUGUGCUAAACCUUUUCACAGAACAGUCAAUUCCUAA